AUGGCAAACUCGCCCUAUAAGACACCCCCGAGCAAUCGCCUCGCCGUCUCUUCGCUCCUCUCCCCCCCAGAAAUGAAGCGAUCCGAGUCAUUUGGCUCUUCAAUUGCAACCACGUUCUCUGCCUCUUCCUUCUCCUCGUUCAAUUCGGCUCCAUUGAAGCCUUCCAUGGACACGGCCAUGCUGCAAGCACAGGCACCAGCACACCGCAUCGCCUACGCGUCCCCACCAAUCUCGCCCUACGACACACAGUCACAAAAGGAGAACAUGGAGUCUGCAGAAGAGCACUGCACACGCGACCCUCAGCUAUUCGGCUUUCGCGACGCUCCCGCUCCCAUUGCACAGGUGCCAUUGUUCCCUCAGGAGUCGGCUGACUCUGCCUCGCAAGAUGCAAUUACCGUGCACAUGAACUCGCAAGACUAUGCUCGACUACAGAGCAAGCCAAGCCGCGCAGACUACGAGCUGGCCGUCUCCUUCCGCUCCAAUGUCUUCGCCCUAGCCACCAAGGAUCCACGAGGCUGGUGGGCGCAAGAGCGCAAGUACGACAAUUACUACGGCAAACCCACGGGCGUACAGAAGCCAUCCGCCCUCAAGAAGCUCGCUCCCGCACCAUCCUCCCGAGUCCGCCAACCCAAGGUCGCCGUUCCACGGUUGCCUGCUCGCGCACCUCGCGCACCACCAAAGGUUAAGCGUACGCCUCCCACACAGGUCUAUGACUCAUUCGAAACCACGCCCAAGUCGACCUCUCCCAAGCCUGCGCGGCCAGCCACUAACCGCGACGACUCGGACUACAAUGCGCUUCCGGAUUAUUCGCCACCCCUGGAGACGCUGCCCAAAGGCAACGCCAAAAUCCUCAAGGCUGAAUGGAAGGGCCAGGCGCUCUCGCUCGCCGACGACCCCGAUCGCGACUUGUUGCACGAGGCUGAGCUGAACCUCGCCGGCACACUCCGCCUCAACUGCGCCACUUACCUCGCCAGCAAACGCCGCAUUUUCCAGGCGCGCAUCGAGGCUUUGAGAAUCGGCAAGGAGUUCCGCAAGACGGAUGCCCAACAGGCAUGCAAGAUUGACGUCAACAAGGCCAGCAAACUCUGGCAAUCGUACGACCGCGUCGGCUGGUUCAACCCCGACUACUUCCGCCAGUACCUUUGA